UGUCCGAGAGGAAGCUGUGAAACGGAUACACGUUCAUGAAUCUCUGAAAACACACCGAGCUCCGAGUGUGCGCAAUGCUUGUGUAGCUAGUGCAUGAAAGCCAGCGUGUGGUUUUUAUUUAUUGGGCACCCUGGAUACUUUUCAUUAGCUUUUUAUAAGAGGAGAGAGUCCGUGUUGAGGAUGGCGUUUGCCAUGCUGCGGCCGAUGGCGACUCACCUCGCGUACCCGGACCACAGCAUGCUGUCUGAGGACGAGGAGACGCGCAGUGAGAGCGACGGCAGCUCGGAGCAGAGUUACGGCUGCUGCUCGGAGAAGCGGCGGCGCGUGGCGCGCAAACCGGCCGUGAGCAGCGUGCUCAUCGUCAAACAGAGGAACGCGGCGAACGCGCGGGAACGCGACCGCACGCAGAGCGUCAACACCGCUUUCACGGCGUUACGGACUCUCAUACCCACGGAGCCGGUGGACAGGAAGCUCUCCAAGAUCGAGACCCUGCGCCUCGCGUCCAGCUACAUCUCCCACCUGGCCAACGUGCUACUCAUAGGGGACGGCGGCGAGGACGCGCAACCGUGUUUAAGCGCCGUGUGCAGCGCGCAGGGAGAAACCGGAGGCAAACAGCCACGAACCAUCUGCACCUUCUGCCUCAGCAACCAGAGAAAAGGGGUAAAAGAUGGUAAAGAUUGUCUCAGGAUGCGGGGAAUCAGUUCCCUGCGCAUGAGCCGUCGGUAGCCGGUAGAGUUGAAGGUGGCCAAACUCAGGGAGAAUGAAGAAAAAAAAGGAAAGAGAGAAGGAGAGAGUGAUAGAGGCGCACAAAGACAGGCGCACUGAGAGCUUGCGCUGGAGCACGCAGAGACUCAAGGACUCGUAAGAGAUUCAAAAGACAACUCUUUACUGAUUUCUUUCAAGUAUUUGAACAUUUAAUGCAGUGCAUAAACCUUUUGUUGUUGUU